AUGGGAGAAACCCCAACCAAGCCCGAAGAACAGAAGGUCACCAGUGAGCGCACAGGAUGGAAAACGCCCCUCCUCCUCACCCUGUGCCUGCUGCAAGCUGCAAAUGCUUUGAAGGGCCCGAGACUGGUGUCCGGCGAGCCUGGGGGAGCUGUCACCAUCACGUGCCAUUAUGCCCCAACAUCUGUCAACAGGCACCAGAGGAAAUACUGGUGCCGCCUGGGUCCCCCGAACUGGAUCUGCCGCACCAUUGUGUCCACCAACCACUACACCCACCUUCAGUACCACGGCCGAGCGACUUUAGAAGACUUUCCAUGGAGCAGCAUGUUUGUGGUGAGGCUGUCCCAACUGUCCCCGAUGGAUGAGGGGUGCUACCGCUGUGGCAUCGGAAGCAGGAAUGACAUGCUUUUCUUCAGUGUCAAUCUGACUGUCUCUACAGGCCUCUUCCAGAAAAGGAAAGCCUCUCUCGGCUCCUGA